UGGCACAGACGAGGCAGUCGGGGAGCGGAGCGGCAUCGGAAGGGUCUCUGCUGUUUGGACGUUCUGGAGAUUACGGGACUGGAGGACUUUCCUCCCCUCUCAGUGGAUUAAUCUCGCUUUCAGGAUGAAACUGGUUUCCCUCGCUCUCUUCUGCCUGAGCUCCGUCUCCUUCUUCGGGGUGGAGGCUGCCAAGCUGGAAGUUGCAUCAGACUUCAAGAGAAAGUGGUCCAGAUGGGCAAUGAGCCGAGUCAGGCGGGAGGCGACGCUCCCCAAGGCUGAGACGAGCGUGCCCGCUCUCGUCCACGUUGGGGAGGUGAAAGGCGAGCCCAGCCACAUCCGCCUGAAGCGCCAAGACCCCAAAGCCGUCCUCCAUACGCACUUGCGCGUCUCCUGCAAGAUGGGGACGUGCUCGGUGGCGAAGCUGGCGGACCAGCUCUACCAUCUCAACAACAAGGAGAAAGACGCAAACGCCCCCGCCCGGAAAAUAAGCCCACACGGCUACGGUCGCAGGCGGCGCUCGCUUCUGGACGUUCUGAUGGCCAUCGGGCGUAACGGCUCACAGAUAGUGUCUGGGCUCUCCAGUGCUAUAGCAGCCCUGAGAGGUGUCGCGGAGGGAGGUGCCGCGGAGGGAGGUGCCGCGGAAUAGCUACCCUUUUCCAAGGACUCCUUGCAUUGCAGUAGCUGACAAAGUAAGCACCGAAACAGGAAUGUGAUCUACUCAUCUGUCUGAUUUCUAUUCUGCCCUUCCUGCAAGAAACUCAGGGUGGUAUACCUGACUCGCCCUUCCCCUGUUUUAUCCUCACAACGACCAUGUGAGGUAGGUUAGGCUGAGAGGUAAAUCCAAUGAGGAUUUGCACCUGGCUGUUCCAGCCCUAGGUGGCAUGCCAACCAUUACACCACACUGAAAUGGGCAUCUCUUCAGGGGCCCACAGGAAAAAAAGAGACUCGGCGUGGACUAUGCAUGGAGGAAAGAGGAAACCCCAUCCUGGGUGAUGUGGUUGUAGAACAUUGUAGUUGUGAAAUGAUCACUGCAAAGUGGACCCUGCUGGCACUCUUAUGCUAGGGGUUUUAGAUGGUGACUGACUCUUCUCCACUCCACAUUGACUGUCUCCCUUUCUCCCCACUCCCACACGGCAGGGAAUUGGCUACUUGCAAGUCCCUCUCUGGGCAGGGACUGCUUUAUACUUGAAUGGCCUGGCCAGGCAAAGUGCAAUGGACUCAGUGUGUGCUGUGUGGUUUGUGUUCUCUGUUGAGGAGAAUGAAUGGCUGGGUGGAUGCAUGACAGAAAUAUAUCCAUAUUUAAAUAAUUGUUUCCUUGUAUUCUUUUGUUGUUAAAUAACAGAGAUAUUUUUAUAUAUUAUAUAUUUUACAUAAGGGCAUUUAAAACAUCCUGUGUAUUCUUUUGUUCUUUUAAAAUAAUGAAUGUCAACCUUUCCCCCCUUGUUUUUCUAUGUUAUUAGUUUCAUCACCUUAUUCCCUCUUUCUUGUUUGUCCUGUUUAUUGCAUUCUGGAAUGGUGAAAGAUAUAAAGAAUGUAUCAAACUGUUCUUUCUAGGGGCAGAAUGUGAAAAUAAAAAAAACUACAUAAAAA